CUCGAAGUUCUUUGACUGCCCAUUUGCCUAUCAUGGACGGGUGUCAGCACUUUACAGUCUUGGCAUUGAGUUACGCCGCCACCCGAGUCAAAACUUUAUCCUCAGCUUCUCAGGAAACCUUGUGUCCAUUUUCUUGCCACACUUCGCUUGCUUUUCUCUGGCCUCAUGCAAGAUGAGCUCCCUUUGGAGUUGGUUGAAGGGCAAACCUUCACAACUAGCGCGCGUUCCUACAGACACUGUCAUACCACUCCAUUACCUUGACAGCUCCAAGAUGUUCACAGACAUCGUAAUGGAUUUGUCGCUACAUUUCAGUUAUGUGCUCGACUCUGAGAAACUCGUCGCUGCGCUGGAACAGUUAUUGGAGAAGCCUGGAUGGAGAAAGUUAGGGGCCAGAAUAAGACGCAAUUCUGGAAUAUAUGAGUAUCAUGUGCCCACUGCAUAUACAAAAGAACGCCCAGCAAUCGACGUCUCGCAGAUUAAAUACGACAUUUCUCUCGCUGAGCAUCCGAUCGGUUCGACACUACCACGUCCAGAUGGCACUGUAAGUAUUUCUGGAGAUACGAAAGAGUAUCGUCCGCUUUUCUUGCGUAAAAACAGUCCCACCAAGCUAGAAGACUGGCUUCACGCAGAUAGGGCGCAGAUAGUCCUCCACAUUGUGGCUUUCUCCGAUGCCACACUCGUCACAGUUACCUGGCUCCACUCGUUCAUGGACGCAAUGAGUCUGCACACGCUUUUCGACGCGUGGACCGCCAUGCUCGAGGGCCGCGAGCAAGACAUCCCAGAAUUCUAUGGCGAGAUUGACGACCCACUGGCCACCUUAGGCGUAGACUCCGAUCCCAAACUCACCAGCGAUCGCUUCGAGGAGGAGGAGGAUUUCAUCCUAAAAGACCGCGUAGUUACAGGCUGGAAAUUUAUUCGCUUCGUCUUCACCCUUCUCUGGGAUCUUGUCAUCUACCGGAAAGAAGCAAUCCACUUCAUCAUCAUCCCACCUACAUUCUUUUCCGCCCUCCGCACAGAAGCCAUGGCCUCUCUCACCGACCCCUUCACCGAUCCCCAAUCCGCACCGCCUCUCACCCCAGACAAAGCAAACCCACAAACGCCUUUCAUAUCAGACGGCGACAUCCUCUGCGCAUGGUGGACCCGCCUCACAACUUCCUCCCUCCCCCGCGCCCCCGCCCCAACCCGCACAUUCCAGAUCCUCAACGUCUUCAACAUGCAAGACCUCCUACGCACCACCUCCCCCGCACUGCUCCCAAACGCUCGCAGCUACGCAUACGUCCACAACUGCGUCACCUACGUGCAGUCCUUCUUAACCCUGCAUGAGCUGCUCAGCCUGCCGCUUGGGCAUGUAGCAGCGCGGCUCCGCUCGGACCUUGUGCUUCAGACGACGCGGCCGCAGAUCGAGGCAAGGUGGCGCUUGCAGCGGGAGGAGGUGGCUCGGAGUGGGAAUCCGCCGCUGUACGGGGAAGGGGACAUGCAACUUGUGCCGUUUACGAAUUGGCACAAGGCUCGUAUGUUUGAGGUGAAUUUUGGGGCGGCGGCGAUCGGGAAGGCGAAUGGCGAAGAAGCGGUGGGGAGGCCGAGGUGUGUGAUGCCCGAUGCGACUGCGCGCGGUAUGCCCUUGCGGUUGUCUGGGAAUGUUUCUGGGAGGGAUGCGCAGGGGAAUUGGUGGGUUGGCGGGAUUCUCACGGCGGAGACAUGGGAUAAUGUGAAGAAAGCGGUCGAGACGCUGAACGCACAAGCGGCUGCAAAGAACGUAUAGAAUGCACCCAUGAUAUCAUUUUAUACUGCUUUUCUACGCGAGACUACCAAGGAGAUGCAGGGGCCCUGGAACGAAGCGAAGAAUUCGAAACGACGGGAAGGCUCCUAUCAGCGGGAUGGGCAGGGACUG